AUGACUUCGACGACAGCCGUCAACCACAAGCACCGCCGCUCCAGCCACAAGCGCCGCCGCCCCAGCCACAAGCGCCGCCGCCGCAGCCACAAGCGCCGCCGCUACAGCCACAAGCGCCGCCGCCCCAGCCACAAGCGCCGCUACAGCCACAAGCGCCGCUACAGCCACAAGCGCCGCUACAGCCACAAGCGCCGCUACAGCCACAAGCGCCGCCGCCGCCGCCGCCCCAGCCACAAGCGCCGCUACAGCCACAAGCGCCGCUACAGCCACAAGCGCCGCUACAGCCACAAGCGCCGCCGCCGCCGCUACAGCCACAGGCACCGCCAGCGAAUCCAGCCGCUCCAGUGUCAUGGUCACGUGCUGCGGUUCCCAAGUUUGUAG